AUGACAGGAACCAAACCUACAAGCAUUUCUACCACAUCAACCUUUGUUGUUGACCAAAAACUUGCAAAUAUAAAGCAUCCAUUUGAUGUAGAAGCAGAUGAAACACUUGGUGCUUCCGAGAAAAAAGAGCAAACUAGAUUUUAUGAAGUAACAGUUAAUGACGAAGGCGAACUUUUUAUCAGUUCAGAAGUUUUGGUGAACAAAAACAACAAAGGCAGCAUCGUUGGUGGCACCUGCAACGUACGCGAUGGUCGAAAUUGGGUUCGUCAGAUUGUGGACAAAGAGCACUUGUAUGCUGUAGUUAGAAAAAGAGCAGUGCACAAGAAAACGAUGGAAAUCCAAUUUUAA